CCUUUGUUUUUACGCAACCACCUAAUUACAAUGUAGCGGAACGCAGAGUAUUGAAACUUGGGUCCAAUAUAAGACGGAUACAGCCUACUCGAGGUGCGUUGUUUUUGAAGGGAAAGAGAGAGAUUAGGUAAAGUUUGGGAUUUCGGUCUCUUCGCUUCAGAGAGAGAAGCUCUGGAUUUCACUCUCUCCGUCCUCCGCGACGGUUCUUAUGCCGGUUGGCUAUCAGGUUGUGCCACACUUGGAUCUAGGCGACUCUGUCUCAUUGCGUAAGACAUGGCUGAGUUGUGCUUCUGGCCGAACCGCUUCCAGUAUCGGGUUAUUUCAUUCCAAGAAGCACUCGAUUGGCGGUCUCUUGUCCUUGGUGAUUUUCUUUUGGUUUCCUUUGUUAAUUGCACUUAGUGGUUUGGUUGCUUUUAAGAUAUCAGCUCAGAAGGCGUGAUGCAAAAUACUUCUGAGAUAGGUGUUGAAUCUUCCAUGCACUUGUCUAAAGCUGCGUUUUGCAAGUUAAGGGUGGAAAGUUGUUUACAAAGUGGAUACUAGAUAAGUCACUGCCUCGAAGCUGUGCGGAGUUCGUAGUUGUUAGUGUAUUGUUUUUGCUUUUGCUUUUGAUGGCUACUGGCUAGGGUGGAAACAUUUGGUCGCUGAAUACUUGCUAAAGUUUUACUUAUGGUAGCUCUUAUCUAGUUUCUGAACACUUUGGCAACAACUAUGAACAGAAGAGUCUUCCCUGUUGGCUAGAGCACUCAUCUGGUUUCUUGUUUGGUAUGAAGAUGUCACACUAUACUUGUCCUGCCGUGCCAUCUUCGCCUUCUUACUUUUAUGAAGCUCUGGAUUUAGUCACAACUACGGCUAUAAGGCCCAUCCAUCAGAACUCUAGUUUUGAGCUCUUGCAUGCUGCCACGGAAGGUUAACCCAAGAAUCAGUUGGCACGGAAAGGGAGUUUGUUUAUGCACCUUAAUAAUUUCUACAUCUUCUGCCGAAGAUUUAUGUCAUAUACCUUUUUCCAGUCCUAUAAUUUGUUUCAAUAAAGAAAGAGCUACUUGGUGUUCAGCGAGUAUGGAGAGGUACAAGCUAAUCAAGGAAGUUGGGGAUGGGACAUUUGGUUGUGUUUGGCGAGCAAUAAAUAAGCAGUCUGGUGAAGUGGUUGCAAUUAAGAAAAUGAAGAAGAAAUUUUAUUCAUGGGAGGAGUGCGUAAAUCUAAGAGAAGUGAAGUCCUUGCGGAAGAUGAAUAACCCUAACAUUGUGAAGCUAAAGGAAGUCAUCCGUGAACAUGACAUAUUGUAUUUUGUCUUCGAAUGCAUGGAAUGCAACCUUUACCAACUUAUGAAGGACAGAGAGAAGCCUUUUGCAGAAGCUCAAUUGAGGAAAUGGUGUUUUCAAGUUUUUCAGGGGCUUGUCUACAUGCAUCAGCAAGGAUAUUUUCACCGUGACCUUAAGCCUGAGAACUUGUUGGUCACGAAAGACGUAAUUAAAAUUGCUGAUUUUGGUCUUGCACGAGAAAUCGAUUCACAACCACCAUAUACUGAAUAUGUCUCAACGCGUUGGUAUCGUGCCCCUGAAGUUCUGCUUCAGUCGUAUUCAUAUACUUCUAAAGUUGAUAUGUGGGCAAUGGGUGCCAUUAUGGCUGAGUUGUUCACUCUGCGGCCCCUUUUUCCCGGCACAAGUGAAGCAGAUGAAAUCUAUAAAAUAUGCAAUGUAAUAGGCAGUCCUACCAUGGAGACGUGGGCUGAUGGACUAAAUCUUGCAAGGGCUAUUAACUAUCAAUUCCCACAGUUGGGUGGUGUCCAUCUGUCUGCCUGGAUACCAUCAGCAAGUGAGGAUGCUGUCAACCUUAUCAGAUCCCUUUGUUCAUGGGACCCUUGCCAUAGGCCCUCAGCUGCAGAAGCCCUUCAGCAUCCUUUUUUCCAGAGUUGCUUUUAUGUCCCGCCGUCGCUUCGUUCCAGAACUGCUACGACUAGAACACCCCCUCCUGCCAGAACAAGGGUAGGCUGUGAGCAGCAAUAUGGUAGGAGAUAUCAAGGCGCUUUAUCAAAUCCAAAGCUCCCUGGAAAUUUUCCUCCUCCUAAGUUACAUGCCUCUUUGGGAACAGGAGUGCAGCGCAAACUGGAAAUGGCCAAUGAAGUAGGGUGUCUGGCUGCAAACAAGAAUGAUGACACCUUGAAGAGUUCCACCGAACAGCCAAAGUAUCGACCACCAGGAAGGAAAAGCCCCAAUUCUUUUAACAAAGGUGUGGCUGCAUGCGGAGCGUCUGAUACAGCGGAGAAGCUGUCCAGGAUGACAAUGGGUCCUCGAAGGCAGUCUUUUGGUCAGCCACAGCUUCCCAAGGGUGGAGUACAGUGGACUUCUGGAUAUCUUCGCCCAACCCAACAGAUUCAGCCUGGCAGAGCUUAUGCUAGGAAAGUUGCAGGCUGAGAAAGUGGCUCUUUUUAAAAGUUCGCAAUGUCUUGUGUGUGAGUAAUAAAUAAAGGUCUACUGCUACCGUUGUCCUUUACUUGAUGUCUGUUCUUUUGGUGCUGGAGACAAGAUGAACAUUGUUGUUUUUAUUCUCUAUAUUAAUUCGGCAACCUCUGUUUAAUAUUUUAUGGAUGUAAUUUCAUGUUGUCUAAACCUCCUAUUCUCCCAAUAAAAGAUAUCAUCGUCCUUCUCUCUG